UAUACGAAUGCAUCUUUUAAUGUCAAAAGUGUCCCUCAUUUAGUCUCAUGUUAUAAUAUAUAGAUGUAUAGUAUACAGCUCACGAAUCAAUCCAUAUAUGAAUAGAUUAUAUAUAUACAUACAGCUCAGAGGAGGAGGCCGAAACGAAAGAACAGUGAGCUGAGUUGAGUGUUCAUUGGAUAAAAUUAAUUGAAAACUAGAGGGAAAAACCAAGGAAGUCACCAAUGGCGGGGGCAUCUGAAGCUGCUCCCCAUCCUUACGUUCCCACCGAUCUCAAACUCCCCGACUAUGUUCCUAUUUCACUUCCUCUCUCUACUAUUCUCGGCGGCUACCUCCUCACUUCUCUUUUCCUCGUUCUCCUCGUUUGGACGCUUUCCGGACGACUUACCAAGAAGGCAAAGAUUGAUAGGUUGCUGAUGUGCUGGUGGAUAUUUACUGGCCUUACCCACAUGGUUCUCGAGGGUUACUUUGUUUUCUCUCCAGAAUUUUACAAGGACAAGACUUCUUUCUACCUUGCCGAAGUUUGGAAAGAAUACAGCAAGGGAGAUUCUCGAUACGCAGCUAGGGAAUCCGGAAUUGUCAGUAUUGAAGGACUGACUUCUGUUUUAGAGGGUCCAGCUUGCAUCUUAGCAGCGUAUGCGAUAGCAUCGGGAAAGUCAUACAGUUACAUACUACAGUUCGCCAUAUCAUUGGGGCAGCUCUAUGGGACAUUGUUGUACUACGUAACAGCUGUGUUAGAUGGUGAUGAUUUCUCUUCAGGUCCAUUUUAUUACUAUGCAUACUACGUAGUGGCAAACUCGUUCUGGAUUCUUAUUCCCUCGCUUAUCGGUAUACGGUGUUGGAAGAAAAUUUGCAUUGCAAUGAGCAUUGAAAGCCAAACGAAAACCAAAACCCUCUAAGUUAUUACUCAUCGGUUAAGUGUACUACACACAAAAUUCUUGUUGUAUUAUUGCAUAUCAUUCAGUAAACAAGACAUUGCCGGAAUUUUAACGUUUACUUGAAAAUUAUCUUUGGAGUGUUGAUUGAUUGUAUUAAUAGUAGAGAUCGAAACUUCAACCUCUAAGUAACAAGGUUAUCUUAAUUACUAUAAAUUAAGCUCAUUUAGUAAGGGUUGAUUGAAUUUAGGCUAUUUGAAUUUGCA